CACCGACAAAAAAAAGAAAAAGAAAAAAACCAGCCAAGUGAAGUUACAAAGGCGAAGUGAUCAUAUCUACAAAGAAGAAAAAGAUGAUCCAAGAACUGUUGGGAGGUGCAGGCCUUAUAGCAGGAGAGAGGAAAAUCUCCACUAAUGGGGGAGUUUUACAAGCCCCACCACCUCCUUCUUCUUCUUCUCAAUCUCCUUCUUCUUCCUCAACAACUACUUCAUCAAAUUCAGACAACCAAAACUUGAGGUGUCCAAGGUGUGAUUCUUCCAACACCAAGUUCUGUUACUACAACAACUACAACCUCACUCAGCCCCGCCACUUCUGCAAGACGUGUCGCCGGUAUUGGACCAAAGGUGGUGCACUCCGAAAUGUUCCGAUCGGAGGCGGAUGCCGAAAGAACAAGACCGCUCCGACUACCAUGUCGGCGGCAUCGGUUGGGAAAUCAAGCUCGGGCAAGAUGAAGACCAUAUCAUCUGAGAUUGGAAGGUCAGGUGGCCUUGGAAGUACUGGGUUUGAUCCUGACCUUCCAUCAAACCCAAUUCUGUGGGGUUCGCCGCAGAAUUCUCAUCUCCUGGCCUUACUGAGAGCUACUCAAAACCCUAACCCUAACCCUAACCCUAGUCACUUGUCUAAUUCUGUCAAUGUGAAGGAGGAGGGGAGUAUGCUUGGAUCACACAUGAUGAGUACUGAGCCUGCAGCGGUUUCAACCAUUGGAUUAAAUGCACGGUCGACGUCGACCCUGGGCUUCGAUCCUCUAGGCCAGGUGCCUUCUCUGGGCUUGUGCAGCUCUUUCUGGAGAAACAAUAGUCACCAGCAAGCCCAACAGCAAAACGGCUAUGUAGUUGGCGAAGUUCAAAACAGUGGGAUUCAAGAGCUUUAUCAGCGGCUCAGAUCAUCAUCAACUAAUUUCUAUGCUGAUCACUCACCAAUGGUUCUCGGCAACGUGGCAUCUUCCUCUUCAUCUUCAUCGUCCAUUUUGGAGUCAACUUCGGUUGCUGGGGUGGAAUUGGGGUACUGGAAUCCGGCAUUUUCUUGGUCUGAUCUUCCAACUACUAAUGGUGCAUAUCCCUGAGAAUUAUUAAAUCUUUUUCUUUAUUUACUUUUUUUUUUCUUCUUCUUCUUCAUAUGCUAGGAUUGUUGUCUCUGUGGUGCACUGGUGCUUGUUUGGGUUGUGGUAUAUGAAAGUGGCCGUAGCAUCAGUCUUUUUUUCUUUUUUUGUUUUUAAAAGAUCUUCCUGUUUGUGUGAGCUUUUAGGUGUGUUUAACUUAUGAGGGUGUACCAACUACCAAGGACCAAAAAGUGGUAUAAAUGGAAAAUGUUAGGUGUUUCUUAA